UUUGUGUGCAGGAGUCCAUGCGUUUCUGUUAAAGGAUUAAGGAUUAAUUGCCUUCAGACCUUCACAGACAGACUUAACUCUUUGUUACAUGAACUUUGUAAAGUUCUCUCCUGGCUCCUGAGAGGAAAACAAUACUUGACUGUAAGGAGCAGAGAAAAAGUCUGGCUUUUUGUCCAGUGUGUUUCUUUUUUUCCGGCUGUUUCUUGAUCUGGAGUGCACAGCCGCAAGGGUGAGUCAAUACUGCUGGCUGGCGAAAGAGGAGAUCUGAGAAUGACAGAGACCAACACCCCGAAAUCGGCAAAGAAGCCCCGCUGGACCUCUCUGGAAAUUGGCCUCAUUACUAUUGUCUCUUUGCUGUUCAUUGUCAUUGUUGCCCUCAUCAUCCUCUUUGCUACCCAGAAGACUGAUGAAAUCUGCACCACAGCCGACUGCACGCAGUCAGCGUCCCGCCUCAUUGACAACAUGGAUGCUACCGUGGACCCUUGUGACAACUUCUAUCAAUAUGCUUGUGGAGGAUGGCUGAAAAAGAACAUUAUCCCAGAGACCAGCUCUAGAUACAGCACAUUCGACAUCUUACGAGACGACCUGGAGGUCAUCCUCAAAGGUGUCCUUGAAAAGACGGUGGAGGGGGAGGCUGCUGCUCUCACCAAGGCUAAGACACUUUACAAGUCCUGCACAAAUGAGAGUUUAAUUGAGCUGAGAGGAGGAACUCCUUUGCUUGACAUGCUGUCAGAUGUCUUUGAGUGGCCCAUGGCUGUCGACAACUGGGAGAAUGACUAUGGGAAAGCCUGGAGGUUAGAGGAUGUCAUUGCCAGGUUAAAUGAGAAAUAUGGAACUCAACUCUUGGUUAACUUUUUCGUUGGCACCGAUGACAGAGACUCUACUUCAUAUAUCAUCCAUUUUGACCAGCAAACCAGCCUUGGCCUCUUAUCCCGAGAUUACUAUGCCUGUGAUGGUCCCUAUGCAGAGGCAUGUCGAGCUUAUGAGCAGUUCAUGACUGACCUGGCUAAGCUGAUCCGCUCUGACCGGGGACUGAGAAUCAACGAAACCCAAAUAAGAGAAGAGGUGACCCGAGUUAUAGACUUGGAGAGAGAUAUCGCCAAUGCUACUGAUACACCAGAGGAUCGGAACAACCCAGUGUUGCUUUACAACAAAAUGGAAUUGGGGGAGCUAAACAGCAACUUCACACUUGAAAUUGACUCACAGGCGUUCAACUGGAGUUACUUCACAGCUAAGAUAAUGGACACAGUCAAUAUCAGCAUUCCUGAGUCAGAGAAAAUUAUCAACUACUCCCCAAACUACUACAGAAGACUCAACUUUGUAUUAGCCAAAUACACAAAGAGGGAUCUGCAGAACUACGUGGUUUGGCGGUUUGCUAUGAACAUGGUAGUGGGGUUGAGCCGAGCUUACAGAGACACCAGGAAAGCUUUCCGCAAGGCUCUGUCUGGUACGACGUCAGAGGUGGCUGUGUGGCGACAAUGUGCACUGUAUGUCAACAACAACAUGGACAACUCUGUGGGACGGCUCUAUGUGCAGGAGGCUUUCUCUGAAAAGAGCAAAGAGCUUAUGGAGGAGAUGAUUAAAGAUAUUCGGGAAGUUUUUAUCAGUAACCUCGAUGACCUCACCUGGAUGGAUACAGAGACCAAAAAAGCAGCUGAAGAGAAGGCCCGAGCUAUUCGUGAACGCAUUGGGUAUUCUGAAAACAUCAUGGAUGACGAAUAUCUAAACAAUGAGUACAAAGAUCUGAGCUACAGUGCAGAGGAGUACUUUGAAAACAUCCUGCAGAAUCUGGAGUAUGUGCAGAAGAAACGCCUGCGGAAACUGCGAGUCAAAGUCAACAAGGAGGAGUGGGUAACUGGAGCUGCUGUUGUCAACGCCUUCUACUCAUCUAGCAAAAACCAAAUAGUGUUCCCUGCAGGUAUCCUUCAGCCUCCUUUCUUCAGCAAAGGCCAAGCUAAAUCUCUAAACUACGGUGGCAUUGGCAUGGUAAUCGGUCACGAGAUUACGCAUGGCUUUGAUGACAACGGCCGUAACUAUGACAAGGAUGGCGACCUAAAGGACUGGUGGACACCUGACUCCACUCACAGAUUCCUGGAGCUUUCAAAGUGCAUUGUUGACCAGUACAGCAACUUUUCCUGGGACCUGGCUAAUGGAUUACAUUUGAAUGGUAACAACACCCUCGGGGAGAACAUCGCUGACAAUGGAGGGAUUCGACAGGCCUACCAGGCAUACAAGAACUACGUCAAUCACCAUGGAGAGGAGCCGCCACUGCCUGGGAUUGACCUCUCGCAUGAUCAGCUCUUCUUCCUUAAUUUUGCUCAGGUGUGGUGUGGAACACAUCGACCAGAGCAAGCGGUUAAUUCCAUUAAAGUAGAUGUACACAGUCCAGGGAAAUUCAGAGUACUGGGCUCCCUUCAGAAUUUCCCAGAGUUUGCCAAAGCGUUCAAUUGCAACAAAAGCAGCUAUAUGGUUCCUGACAACAUUUGUCGUGUAUGGUGAUCUACAGACCUCUGGGAUUUUUUUUUUUUGUUCCCUAUUCCUACUCAUAGGGUACCUGUCCCCUCUAACUGCUGGAGCACUCAUAGAGGGCUACAGGGAGGUGGAAGCUUCCCUUAGUUCUUUACCGGAUGGACCAUGGCUGAUGAAUGGACACUGCAGUAUGCACUUCCUCAAAGAUGGCAGCAUACAGUACCCUCAUGGGCAGAAGAAGCACUGUCUCUAAAACUUUAAUACUGUAGUUCAAUAAAUCAGCUCAUUUAAUCUUCUCCUCACUGGAUACAAUCACUCCUGUUUUUUUUUUUUGUUGUUGUUUUUUUUCCUUUCCCGUAUGCUGAUCUACGAGCCUGCCAGUUUUUGUUUGUGGGUGCAUAAGCGAAUGUGUUUCAGUCAAAAUGCUUUACAAAUAGUAGGCAAUAGAGUGGCGGACAGAAAAAAUGUGCUCAACCCACUCACACAUUAUUACGCCGCCUACCCACUCACAUACAUGCAACAGGGCCGAACCACUGUAUUGUAUGUGGGACUUGGCUGGAACUCUCAUAAACCUCAGCUGUUUUCAGCCUUUGUCUAGUCUGCAAGGAGUUAUGCUCUCUACAGUUUAGUCAUCAUGGACUGUUUGUUUACUUUGAUUAAAUAUAUUAUAACAACAUUUAUUUUGUCCAAUGGAAAAAAUGGUAUUUAAUCAUCAUCUCAUAUUACAAAGUUCUGAUCUGAGCAGUACCUAUGUUGAUGGUUGUUGACUGUGGUCUGCUAUUUAAUGGAAUGAAGAUUUACCAAAACUGUAUUUUAUUGCUUUUUUUCUAUGACAGGUGGUAAAUGACUAAGAUGACAAUCUACAUAUUCCAGACCUUUUCCAUAAAUUUUUCUGAGCCUUCUGUUUGUGUGAAUGUCGUCUAUUAUGCUUUGUCAAUUAUCACUGCCUGCUGUUGGCCAAGCUAAUUGGUAUGCCUUAUGAUUGUUAAACCACAAGUGUGCAUUUAUGCGAUCAAAGAAUCUGAAUAUAUAUUAAAGAAUAGUUUAACUUUUUA